UGCUGAAACAGUUAGAAUAUUCUGUGUGUGAAUCACUAACAUUAUACACAUGGAAGUUCUCAAAAAGGGGAAGCAAGGUUUGGAAAUACACAUCAAAGUUUAACACUUUUUGAUUGUUUAAUUGAUAUCAACAUACGCUGGCUGAUAACAUGAAGUACCUCGCUAUUUAUAUUGCGUUGUACGAUUAUCAAGCUCAAAGUAUUGAUGAAGAACUAUCUUUCCGUACUGACGAUAUUUUAUACGUACUCAACAAGGACGAUCCAAAUUGGUAUAAAGCUCAGCUAAAAGUACCACCAGCUCAAGGUGAUGGCCCGAUUGGCCUCAUUCCCUCAAACUAUGUGGAAGAAGCUAAACCGAUCGGUUUCCUGAAGGCUCUGUAUGACUACACACCUCGGUCAGACGAAGAAAUGGAGUUGAAAGAAGACGAAUGUCUAUUUUUAUAUGAAGACGACGACCCUAACUGGUUCUUCGUUAGAAAUAAACAAGGGCUGUUUGGUUUAGCACCGAGUAAUUAUGUAGAAAAGAUUGAUAGCAUUGAAAAACCAACAGCAACAACAAUCCCUGCUUCACCAGCAAAUAAUUCAUAUACAAGUACAAAUGCUACAAUCAAUAGAAAGGAUUCAGUUCUGUCUUGGCCAGUUUUUGAGUAUGAUACAAACAGAAAAACAACAACAAAAGACAGAGGGAACUUGUUAGUGGGUAAUGGAAUGAUUUGUUACGGAAGUGAGACAGAUAAGUCUUCCCCUGUACGUCAAUUUCAAGUAACUCAAAUAAGGGAUGCUGUAUUCAAUGCGCAGAAUGUACAUAUUAUUAUUGACGAUUCUGAGAAAACCGUCUUUGACUUCCGGACAUCAUCGCGUUCGGAAGCACAAGCUAUUAUUGAAAAAAUACAAUCAUCAAAGGCUCUUGUCGAUGAUAUGAUGGAUCACCAAGCACAACAACAGCAACAAAGGAACAUACCUGUAGCCAUAGACUCAAAUGGCAUCGAAAACACAACAGCAGACAUAAAAGACUCUUCUAGUACUGUGCCUGAGAUAGAUGCAAGACAAUCGACACAAAUGCAUGAACCGAAAUGGGCCAUAGCCUUAUAUGCUUUCACCGCGGAGAAUAAUGAGGAGACAUACCUUCAAGAAGAUGAACAAGUUUUGGUUAUUGGUUAUGCAGACAGUACAGAUUGGUUGACAAUUGAACAUAAGGAUGGGACAUCUGGGAUGGUACCAACAACCUAUGUCAAGUUCCAAGACGAAUAUGAAGCAGAAAUACUUGCUGAAUGUAAUAAUACUGCAAAGGAGCAGGCGAGGGAAACGGUUGGUAGGGAGGAAAGUGAAAGACAGCUACAGCAACAACAAGAAUUAGCAGAAAUAAACCGAACAAAAAGAGAGCAAGAUGACGAGAUUGAAAGAAGAAAGCAAAUAGAAGCUGAAGAUAAAAUGAGAAAAAAUAAAGAGAGUAGGAUAGCUCAAACAAGCGUAAGUAACAAAAAUGAAACUUCUCUUCUGAAUAAUCAUUCAGACGUUUGUCAUUACUUACCAAUUCCGUAGGUGAGCUCAUCGAUAAACACAUCAACACAGUUAGGCAGUAGUUCUCCAAGACGUAGUCAAAUACCAGCGCCACCUCCACC